CUAUUGGCAGCCCCUAACCUUGUUUAUUUUUUAUACUUUUAUUUGCCGACUAAAAACGGAUAAAACAUUAGAUAAAAGCGGUACAGAAUGACCAACAAUGAUGCGGCGGUGGAGACAGCCGGCUCUAGUAGAGCUGGCGGCAGCAAGCAGCAGCCCAAGCUGGAGAUCACGGAGAAGGUGCGUGUUUUGUGCCUGCACGGCUACCGCCAGAAUGGAGAUGCCUUCAAAAACAAACUGGGAUCCUUCCGCAAGUUUGCCAACAAGUACGCGGAAUUUGUGUUCAUCACGGCGCCGCAUGUGGCCGCAGCUCUGGAAUCUGCCGGGGAGCCUGUGCCGGAGCAGAGGAGCUGGUGGGCCAACAAGGAGGAUGGAUCCUUCAAGGGAACAAACAAGGGUGGACCCGCUUUUGGCUUCCAGGAGAGCCUGCGCUGCGUGGAGGAGGCGUGGCGGACGCAGGGACCCUUCCAGGGACUCCUGGGCUUCUCGCAGGGCGCCUGUUUCGUGGGCCUCAUCUGCGGAUUGGCCAAAAAGAAGCUGACCUCCAUCCGCCCGGAGUUUGCGGUGCUCUCCUCGGGCUUCUUGUCCGGCAGCCUCGUCCACAUGAGCGCCUACGAGGAGGCCAUCAGCAUACCCACGCUGCACAUCUACGGCCAGACGGAUGAGAUUAUACCCAAGGAAAUGAGCGAAUCACUGGCCGCGCACUUCAAGAACGCCGAGCGGCUGGAGCACAGCGGUGGCCACUACUUUCCGGCGACGGCGCAGCAGAAGCAGACGUUCAUCAACUUCUUUCAGGACCGGCUGCAGGAGUAUCUGGAGCACCAGGAGCUGCAGCAGAGCGGCAAUGCCUCGUUCGUGGACAGCGGAGCGGAGGACGACAACGAUGCCGAGGUGGCCGCCAUGACGGCCGAACUGGACGAGUCUAGUGAUUGAUGACUUCUUUUUCGUUCGUUUUUAAUAAUAAUUAAAUCUUAUUAUUACAAAAAUAAUGAUUUGAUUAUAAAUUAUAAUAUAUAAUUAGAACCCAA